AUGGAGUCAGGCCACCUCCUCUGGACUCUGCUGUUCAUGCAACCCUUGUGGCCGCAACUGACUGAGGGGGCAACUCGAGUCUACUACCUAGGUAUCCAGGAUGUGCAGUGGAACUAUGCUCCCAAGGGAAGGAAUGCCAUCACGAAUCAGCCUCUCGACAGUGACACAGUAGCUUCCAGCUUCCUAAAGCCUGACAAGAACCGGAUAGGGAGCAGCUACAAGAAGACCAUCUACAAGGAAUACAAGGAUGGCUCAUAUAUGGAUGAAAUGACCCAGCCUGCUUGGUUGGGCUUCUUGGGGCCAGUGUUGCAGGCUGAGGUGGGAGAUGUCCUCCUUAUUCACCUGAAGAAUUUUGCCACUCGUCCCUACACCAUCCACCCCCAUGGUGUUUUCUAUGAGAAGGACUCAGAAGGCUCCCUAUACCCAGACGGCUCCUCUGGUCAGUUGAAAGCUGAUGAUUCUGUUCCCCCGGGAGGCAGCCACAUCUACAACUGGACCAUUCCAGAAGGCCAUGCACCCACUGAUGCUGACCCAGCAUGCCUCACCUGGAUUUACCAUUCUCAUGUAGAUGCUCCACGAGAUAUUGCAACUGGCCUGAUUGGACCUCUUAUCACCUGUAAAAGAGGAACCCUGGAUGCCAAUUCCACUGCUCGGCGGCAGGAUGUGGAAAAUGAUUUCUUCCUGCUCUUCAGUGUGAUAGAUGAGAACCUUAGCUGGCAUAUUGAUGAGAACAUUGUUGCUUACUGCUCAGACCCUGCUUCAGUGGACAAAGAAGAUAAGGCCUUUCAGGAAAGCAAUAGAAUGCAUGCAAUCAACGGCUUUGUCUUUGGGAAUGUACCAGAGCUGAGUAUGUGUGCACAGAAGCGUGUGGUCUGGCACUUGUUUGGCAUGGGCAAUGAAGUAGAUGUCCACACAGCUUUCUUCCAUGGACAGGUGCUUACCAUCCGAAGCCACCGCACUGAUGUGGCUCACAUCUUUCCAGCCACCUUUGUGACUGCUGAGAUGGUGCCCCAGGAACCUGGCACCUGGUUAAUUAGCUGUCAAGUGAAUAGUCACUUGCAAGAUGGCAUGCAAGCACUCUACACGGUCAAGUCAUGCUCCACACACCCUCCCCUGAACCUACUCACAGGCAAAGUCCGGAAGUACUUCAUUGAGGCCCAUGAGAUUCGAUGGGACUACGGCCCAAUGGGGCAUGAUGGGAAUACUGGGAAGAAUUUGAGGGAGCCAGGCAGUGGCUCAGAUAAAUUUUUCCGGAAGAGCUCCAGCCGAAUAGGGGGCACUUACUGGAAAGUCCGAUAUGAAGCUUUCCAAGAUGAGACAUUCCAGGAAAAGGCGCAACUGGAGGAAGAUAAGCAUCUUGGAAUCCUGGGGCCGGUAAUCCGUGCUGAGGUGGGUGACACCAUCCAGGUGAUCUUCUAUAACCGUGCCUCCCAGCCAUUCAGCAUACAGCCUCAUGGGGUCUUUUAUGAGAAAGACUACGAGGGAACUGUGUACAAUGAUGGCUCACCCCACCCUGGUUUGGUAGCCAAGCCCUUUGAAAAAGUAAUAUACCGCUGGACAGUACCCCCCAAUGCUGGCCCUACUUCUCAGGAUCCUGCCUGUCUCACUUGGAUGUACUUCUCUGCUGCAGAUCCAAUAAGAGAUACAAAUUCUGGUCUGGUGGGCCCCCUGCUGGUGUGUAAGGCUGGUGCCUUGGGUGCAGAUGGCAAACAGAAAGGGGUGGAUAAAGAAUUCUUUCUCCUAUUCACUGUGUUGGAUGAGAACAAGAGCUGGUACAGCAAUGCCAAUCAAGCAGCUGCUAUGUUGGAUUCCAGACUGCUCUCAGAGGAUGUCAAGGGUUUCCAAGACUCCAAUCGGAUGCAUGCCAUUAAUGGAUUUCUGUUCUCUAACCUGCCCAGGCUGGACAUGUGCAAGGGUGACAUAGUGGCCUGGCACCUGCUCAGCCUAGGCACAGAGACUGAUGUGCAUGGGGUCAUGUUCCAGGGAAACACCGUGCAGCUUCAGGGCAUGAGGAAGAGUGCAGCCAUGCUCUUUCCUCACACCUUUGUCAUGGCCAUCAUGCAGCCCGACAACCCUGGGACAUUUGAGAUUUACUGCCAAGCAGGUAGCCAUAGAGAAGCAGGGAUGAGGGCAAUUUAUAAUGUCUCCCAGUGUCCUGGCCGCCAAGCCACCCCUCGUCAACGUUAUCAGGCUGCAAGAAUCUACUAUAUCAUGGCAGAAGAGGUGGAAUGGGACUAUUGCCCUGACAGGAGCUGGGAACUGGAAUGGCACAACCAGUCUGAGAAGGACAGUUAUGGUCACAUUUUCCUGAGCAAUGAAGAUGGGCUCCUGGGUUCCAGAUACAAGAAAGCUGUAUUCAGGGCAUACACAGAUGGUACAUUCAGGAUCCCUCGGCCAAGGACUGGAUCAGAGGAACACUUGGGAAUCUUAGGUCCACUUCUCAGAGGAGAGGUUGGUGAUAUCUUAACUGUGGUGUUCAAGAAUAAUGCCAGCCGCCCCUACUCUGUGCAUGCCCAUGGAGUGCUAGAAUCCAGCACUGGCUGGCCACUGGCUGCUGAGCCUGGUGAGUGGGAACGCUUAGUGAAGGGACAAAGGACGUGA